AUGGUCUAUUUUCCCUCUGAGGUGGUUGACAUGAUCAUGUCCUAUGUCGAUGCCGAAGACUUCUAUACCCUCUUGCAGUGUGCGCUCGUCAAUCGUCAGUGGUCCAGAUCCGCUCUUCGCGCUUUGUACCGACCGCUUACGUGGGCCAGGUUUUGGUGGACUUUGAUCGUGUCUGCUUUCACCUUGGAGACUUAUUUCCCCUAUGUCGAAUUCCUUCACACGCUCGACUUGUGCGAUCUUGCGCUUCUGAUUCAUCUCGAUAAAGACUUUGCCGAAUUGGUCUGUGACAGUUGCCCUGGGACCUGGGAUAAUGAGGAGGAAAGAGACCGGUACCUUGGAGUUUCUUCGUCCGUUCUCGACUGGUGGGCUCCUCGUCUGAUCCGUCUCGAGACUCUGUGGUACAACAUGGGAAAGCACCUGCACAACCUGAUAGUGUGGGAAUGGAUGGAAACCACCAUCAGUAGUGCCAGGUUCGUUUACGAUGACUCGGACAGUGAGACGGAAGAGGAAGAGACGUCGGCUGGCGAUUUCCUCAUGGCUCUGCGGCGCAAUACCUUGGAACGGUUCGAGAUCUCUCGUGAUUCGCACUUCAAGCCUUCCAUGGUCAGAGGCCUGAUUGCUCAUUCCCAAUCCAUGCGUGUGUUGAGAUUGCCCAAGUUCCGGUCGGAGCUGGUGGUCGAACUCAUGAAAUCGAAUCCCCUGCAGUCCCUUGAAGCUAUCCACUUUUUCCUCGGUUACGAGAAACGCGUUGAGCUAGCUCAACCGCUCGGAAAAUGGCUCGGUGCAUGUCGAAACUUGCGUCGGAUCGAGACUUGGCUCUACCAUGACGAACUCUUGAUGCUAGCGAAUGCCCUCAAGCACGGCAUCGCCUCCUUGGAAGUUCUCAUCGUCCAGCAGAAUUACGAGGAUAAUUCGAAGAUCAUCGACGCCUUCUACCGCGGUAUCUCGCGUCAGCGAAACAUGCAGGAGCUCACAUUGAACACAGAGAUGACGAGCGACAAGAGUCUAUUCAUGUGGUGCUUGUUCCCUUUAAAGAAGCUGCGCAAACUCAAUCUCCGGAGAAUGUCGUCCCAGCUCACGUUGCCCGACAUUAGAACUCUUACCUCCAGCUUCCCCGACCUCACCUGGCUGGGUCUGUAUGUGACUCCGGUCCUCGAUGAAAUCUGGGACUACAUCGUCGCGCCCAAGCUCCGCUACCUCCACUUGGUUGGCAUUGGCGUCUUGCACGCUCAACCAGUGCUUGAUUUCAUUCAUCGUUUGGGCGAGCAGAACAGAGGAUUCAUCCUGAAGCUCAAGUUCAGCACCUUUGCGGAACUCUACACCACUGUCUCGGACGAGGAUCAUCGUGCCAUUGCGUACGCGCUGUUCAGUCAUCUGAACGGUCGUCUCCUGCCAUACAGAGAAAUGCUCUAA